UUUCCUUUCUCUCUCCUCUCCUCUCACCCAUCCAUUCCACACAUCCAUCCACCAGGAUUCAGGAGAGAGAGAGAGAGAUUGUGCUGGUUCUCUGUGCCAGGCGGUUCGUCGGUUGGGAUUGGGUUGCUUGCGUCUAUUGCAGAAAGAGAGUUGAAUCCAUCCAGCAAACCUAUGGGAGCUGGCUCCUGAGCCGCGGCGGCGGGCGGGCGUAUCUGGACCGGGGCUUCUAGGUUUACCGUACCAAGGGAUGAAUCUGGCUGCCCAUACAUCUGUGCUUGCGUCCAUCCUUACUACUGUAGUUUGUAUUAUCACUUAUACAGGAGCACUACUGUUCAAUGGAGAUCUUCAAUAGGAGUACUCUCUUGUGACUGAUUACCCAUAGAUGUUGGAAAUGAGACAUUGCAGAGCGCGAGCCCUUCUUAACCCCUCCUCUGCGAUUACCCAUAGACACUACUCUCUUGUGACUGAUUACCCAUAUAUGCUAUGCUAGUACAAUGAAUUGAUACACACCACUACUACGGUUCCUUUGCGCAAUUGCUCUCUCAGGUUGUUGCUAAGGGCGCUGUUAAUGUAGUCAAUCAUGACCCAUAUCUCUCUGAAUGUCGUUAAUCAUGACUCAUAUCUGUUUUAAUGUGGUUAAUCACGACUCAUAAUAAUGGCCUCUCCAGCUAGUCGGCUUUCAGCGAGCAUGUCACUAUUUGUUACUACAAAAUUAGACAACCUAAUAUUAGCACAUUAACAACACAAUAAUUAUAGCAGCCUUGUAUGGCCAUGUCGCGCGUGCUAACCUCCCCUUUAUAUAUUCAGUUUUAUACUAGUGCCAUUCAUAGCAUCCUUUAGAUAAACAAAGGAAGCAGUCUUUGUUUUCUCGCAGCAUAUACUAGUGCUAAUUCGACAUAUACUACUGCCUACUUUCUGUAAUUGAAAAAUGCCAUUGCAGAAAAAAAGAAAACUUACGGACAAAGCCACUGCAAAAAGGGCUAAUUCGAUAUAUCCCACUGCCAUAAUGGCAUUUAUCAAAGUACCCAAGUGUUGACGAUGGAAAUGUUUUUGUAAGUUCUGUUUUGCAGUCAUAUUUUUUGAAUACGCGAAUUUGGCAGUGGUAUGUAUAGAAUUAACCCAUAAUAAAAUUGUUACAUCCAUUGAUUAAGAUAGUUGAUCAAUAAUGUCCAGUUCUGUCUCAAAAUAGUAAAUUUGAUGUCAAGGUUUGGGUGGAGAAGUGGGGAACAAAACACGUGUGCAAAUUAGCAUGACAUCUCCAGGCAGGUUAUGCACUGGGAAAAGAGUACAAUUACUGGGUCUGGACCCUAUCGUGAGGGGCCUGAUCAAACUGCCAGUUCAUGUCAACCAAAUCCCAAGACAAAUCUAACAGGCAGGGAGGUGUGCACACUUACUGACUGAAACAGAAAAUCCUCACUCUAAAUGGUAAACACCUAAACCAAACAUGAGAACGCCACAUGAAAGAAAUUAAAAGUUCACAACAAUUUAGAGCCUUUAGAGUAGGAAAAAUAGCGUCAAAAGUUUGGAUUUUGAAAUGUGGAUUCUGGGUGUGGCUGUACUUCUGUCUGUAUAAGUUACUCCUUCUAUACCUGCCAAAUCUUACCGACAGAGCAUAGGACAAGUCUUUCUAUACCUGCCAAAUCUUACCGACAGAGCAUAGGACAAGCCUUUCUAUACCUGCCAGCUGUGCAUUGUGUAGCUGCUGUUAGCCUACCCACUGUUUUUGUCUCGCUUUCAUUUCCUAACGAUUGUUUGACCGGUGUAGCUUCAUGUCGGCUGCUUGUGGUGCGCGCACGUACCCACCGUGCCACCAAGUCAUUUUCGUUACCGUUUAAUGCACUCUAGAACCUGGAACAUGAAGUUACCAUUUAUAUCACCAUGUAUUGCAAUUUUGUUCAGUUAUCCUGAUCUCAGGCUGCAUAAACUAAUUAUCAGCUUCUUCAAUGGAGAACAGAGAACUGUUAUACUUGCUUAGUUACCAAAUAACAAAUGAAUACAUUUGAAUAGUUGGUAUGAGCUUAUUUGGUGGCAAUGUGCUCACCUUCCCAUUAUUUUUCCCAUAUAACUAUCUCAUUGUCCUGAUUCUGACCCAAUCUAGGGAGAUGCGGAGGCCGCUGCUUGUUGUUUGUCUAGCAUAGGCUAUUAUGUUGCAGUUUCCUUUCUUACAUCCUAGCUCUACCUGACAUUAGAGUAUUUUUUGUACCAACUGGCAAGAUAGCAAAGGUGAACCGACUUUUGAUGUUCAUAAUGAGUUUAGUUCUCCUGUUAUAGUAUCUUUGUUGUUGCUGUACUCCUUUCAAUUUGUGCUACCUUUUACUGAAGCUGGGAGAUGAAACUGGAAAGGUUUUGCAUUAUCUGCCAUUCCAAGUUUUCCUGCUAGCAGUAGACAUCAUGGGGUCUGGAUCAGUGACUCUGAAGGAAAAGAAACGAGUGAAACAUACAAAGAACAAGUACUUGAAGCCUGGUGCCCUGGCUCAAAUUCGUUAUAGUAGGAGCACAAGCAGGGAUAUAGGGAAGAAACGGAUUCUGUUGAAUGUGGAGAAGGACGAUGAGCUGGAGACAUCACCACAUGCCGAGGUUGUGUUUGAAAGCAGUACACCAAUUAUGUCUCCAGCAAGACUCAGUUUUGAGACAUUUAGUGGCAUCAAGGGACAGUUGUUGCCAACAACUCCAAAGACUCCUCAAGCAGCUGAAUGUGAUGGCCAUUCAAGGCUUGAGUCACUUCCACUUGAUCUGUUGAUCAAGAUCGUCUGUUACUUGCACCAUGACCAGCUGAAGGCUGUUUUCCACGUUUCAUCAAGGAUCCGAAAGGCAGUGGAACUGGCACGGCAGUACCAUUUCAACUACACCACUCCAGAUCGCAGCAGGCAGGAACUGCUCCAAAACAAGACCCCUCUCCGGAGUGAGCAUUGGCCUUUCAUGAGCAGAAUAGACGGCAAGGAUGUGAGGGUCGCCACCCCAAGAACCCCAAAGGCCCCAAAACAUGGCCCUCGGCCUUCACGUUUCAAGCUGCUUGACGUGAAGCCGAUCACAGCCGUUCUUUUCCCAGAUUCGUUGCCUUCAAAAAAGCGCCGUCUGCGGCGUCUGAUGCCGCCAGGAUUGCCAAGGCCUGUACCCAAAGCCGCAGCCUCUCCCAGAGUUUUACUAUACGAGGAAGAGCUUUGCGAAGCGGUGGCGCAGAAUAAGCUUCUAUGAAGCCCCAAAAGAAGUGGUCUGGUUGCGAUGGAUUGACAUCGCUUCUCAUGCCUCAUCUCAUAAUGUAUAUAUAGUGUUCAUCAUUUAUGUCAUGUCUCUGGGUAUGCUUUUUUUUUCUUCUUUUUACCCGGUGGCACCUGUGUGUCAUCUUGGACAAUCAUGGUCAGAUUAGGCUGUUUUAGGUUAGUCAUUAGCCUGUCAUACUCUCCUGCGCAUAAGGACCAAAGUCUGGUUUAUUCCCUGGUUUUGUAUAUACUAUAGUAGCGGUUGAAUAUCUUGGAAGGAUAAUAGUGUUUUGGCUUCAAAA